AUGCUUGUGCAGCACCAACACCCAGUCCCUCUCCCAACAUCACCACCAUCAGCUUCGUCAACAACUUCAGAAUAUCUAGCUUACCACUACAAUGCACAUAUCUCUUCACCUGCAGCUGUUCAAGUACGAUCCAAACCGAUAGAUGUUGACUCUCUGGUACCACGAACAAAGCCAUCAGUCACUAUCCGGCCAGCAGUAAUCGCUGACGCACCGGCAAUUGCGCGACUGGGCUCCACUGUCUUUGCUACGACCUUUGGCUUCAGUAUUCCUACAAACGAUCUGAAGGCCUACCUCGACGAGGCGUACAGUGUGGAGGCUAUCGAGGAGGACAUUCGGUGUGCGACGAAGCAUAUUCUCGUGGCCUGUGCCAAAGCCCCCUCAAUUGAUGGUAAUGAGGACAGCGAGCAGGAAAUCGUCGGCUUCACUCAGCUAACGGAAGGCACCUCUGAGCCCUGCAUUUCCGAUGUCGAGUCCAUUGUCGAGCUGCAGCGCCUGUACGUCUCGACAACGUUCCAUGGCAAUGGGGUCGGCAAGCUCCUGGCGAGCCAGAUCGAAGACGUGGCCAGGCGUCUGGGUUACAAGGCACUGUGGCUGGGUGUCUGGGAGGGAAAUUUUCGAGCCCAGAAGGUCUAUGAAGGAUUAGGGUUUGAAAAAGUCGGCGACCAUGAGUUCAAAAUGGGUAAGUGCAUUCAAAUGGACUGGAUCAUGCUCAAGCAGCUGUAA